AUGGAGACGCCUCUCUAUAGGGUUAGGACGCUCACCUUGGAGGACCAGACGGCUUCAGGGCUGUGGUCUGACAUGCAGUGCACAUGGAAUACCAUCAGCCUGGACCUGGAGGCGCUCAUUCUGGCAAUAUUCCACUGGCAGAAUCAUCUCCAGAAUACCAAGCUAGUCAUCUCAACCGACAACAUCACGGUUGUCUGGUGUCUGAGAAACCAGUGGACGAGUCACUCCCACUCCCUGCUGCAGCAGACGUUCUCUCAUUAUGUCAAAUGGAACUGGAUGUUGAGUGAAGCUCCAGAAAAGCAGCCCCCGGAUGAAGCGCGAGAGGGUAUGAUGUAUUUGUCGGAGGAGGAACUCCGAACAGACUUAAGCUUGGACAACAUCAGUGUUAGGAGUUUCACCGACCCGGACCAUUCUAAGAUGUAUUUGUCGGAGGCGGAACUCCGAACAGACUUGGACAACAUCAGUGUUAGGAGUUUCACUGACCCGGUCCAUUCUGAGAUGUAUUUAAUGGACAGGAAUGGUAUCGAAUUUAGUUUGAAUGACAUUAUCCGUGUGAGAAUCGACAUGUACGACAGUUACGGCAAAAGAAGAACUGUCGGCGGAGACUUUCUCCGGCUGUGGAUGGAAGAACCCGGAUUAAAAGCCAUCGUUUCUGGUGACGCCAUCGACCACAAUAACGGAAGUUACACGGGGAUAUUGAGAGCUUCUUGGACGGGCACGGCAUCGAUCCUCUGUUUUGUUGACAGGCGUAGAGAGGAGAUAGCUCUCCUCUACCGAAAAUAUAACCAAUAUAACACACUGUGGAAUGCGUACGCACAGUUCGCAAGUGGAGCUAUGAAAGAAAAUACGCUUUGUUUUACGACGCCGCGACCACCACAUCGCUACUGCAACUACACCGACCACAACGGCGGCCUACCCUACUACUGCCUGCACCCCAACACCCCCGGCUUCACCUGCGCCAUGUGGUGGGGUGUGUGGUCGAGUAGGAGGAUAGUACCGAUGACGCCUCAAGAGAUACUGGUCUUCCAAGGGACCUUUGACAAAAGGAACGACUUACUCCCAACUCAAGUGAAGAUAAAGAUAGCCCCAGGGACAGACAGUCAUCAGGUCAAACUGACCCAGCGGUCCAUCCUAUGUAAAGACGUUUCCCCGGCCGCAACAUGGCAGAAAUUCUCACCCUCUGGGUUCAUCUUCAUGGGCACGUGGUACCCCCGACUGUGUUCUCUGGGAAUGCCCAUCGCUGAGUCGACCUACAGCUCGUGUCUGGCCAACAAGACUCUAUGGUUGUCCGGGGAUUCCACCAGCAUCCAAUUUGUGAUUCAGCUGAACAAUGUCCUUGGACUGGCACCAUUUAUUCCCCGAACACACGAACCGAAACGGAUCUACCAUCGAUCUCGGAACUACUCCGUGGCGUGGGCAGCCCACGGGUUCCCGUACUUCCCAGGGGGGAAUGUCCAACAUCGCUCCUCCCUCAUCCCUCCACAAGCCCAGUUUAAAUACACAGCUAACAAUUCUCGCGAUAUAUUUGUGUUGUACCUCAACAUUCACCUAAUGCUGGUUCACCCCCGUGUCUUUAGGCAGCACGUGCGAAUCAUGGCUCAAGAGACGUCAACGCUCUUAGCACGUGCUCCGAACGUCACCGUGGCUGUGAGAGGUCCUCAUGCCUUUUAUCAACAUCCGUAUAAGGAAAUAUAUUCAUAUUGGGGUCUCUUGUUUCGAGACAUCAUCCACGAAGAGUUCCGUCCCAAUCGUGAUAGAGUUAUCUUCCUUGACUACUGGGAUAUGACCGUUGCCCUUGCGCCGAUUGACUUUCAUCCUAGGCCUCAAAUUGUACAGAUGAUGAUUCAGAAUAUGAUGGCGUUUGUAUGUAGAGAUACAUCGUGA